CCCUAAAUACACCAAAAUUUAUUGUGGAAAAUUCUUCCUAUUCUCACUAAUGAUACUAUUCUACUUAAUACAUGUUGAGGCACAGGUAGAUGAAUACUGGAACAUGGGUUUAGGAGAAAGAGCCGAAGCACUCGGGUUCGGGUAUGAAGAACAUCAAGUGACUACUGAGGAUGGCUACAUCUUAACCUUAAUGAGAGUUCUACCAGGCUCUCAAAGUGCACAACUAGAAGUAAAUCAACCAAUAUUAUUAUCUCCUCCAUUUAUGCAAUCUAGUGAGUCAUUUGAUCCAUUAGGUUCAGAAGAUUCUCCUGCUUUUUAUCUUGCAAAUGAAGGAAAGGAUGUCUGGCUAUUCAAUAUUAGAGGCUCAUCAUUUAGUCGUGAGCAUGUAAGUCUUGACCCUUCUACAGAUGAUGAAUACUGGGACUUUUAUUUGGAUACAAUAAGGUAUGAUUACAUGGCUUGAAUUGAGUUUAUCCUUGAUACCACAGGCUUUUCUAUAAUGCCAGUUUUUGCAAUGUCAUUUGGAGGAGCUACGUUUUCUAUUUCAUUAGCUCUAGAACCAGAAUUCUUCUCUUCUAGAAUAUCAGUAGCGGUAUUAGCAGCUCCAGCUCUUAAUUUAGGCCAUACUAAUACAUUCAUGGAUGCUAUUCUUGGCGACUAUCCUUUCAUCUUUGAAACAUUAAGGAGGGCAGGAAUAAAUGUAUUCCGAGAUGACAGUCCAGUAAUAAAUGAUCUUCUCUACACAGCCUCUCAGUUUUUACAACCGGUAACUCAAGUAUUCGGUAGCCUUGUUAUGGGAGAGGAUGACCCAUUUCUUUAUGACAUUGAUGGAUUGAGCUUCAUUUUAGCAAGGUCUGAUAAUGGAUUUGGCAUGAGAAUGAUGGAACAUUUAUUUCAAAGUGUGCAGUCUGCUGAUCUUACUUACUUUAAUUAUGGGCCUGAAGCAAACCUUGAAAUCUAUGGAACAGAGACUCCUCCUGAAAUUCCGUUAGAGAAUAUCAAUGUUCCGAUCGCUUUAAUGUUUGCCGGUUCAGAUAACACAAUUACUGAGCGGGAUCAGCAAUGGGUCAGAGAGAAGAUGAGUGAUAAUGUCAUCUUUGAUCAUGUUUAUGAAGGGUAAGUAAAAAUUCCAUUUCAUCAUUAUGACUUAUUAGAGCAUUUCUCAGUUAAGAAUAUUAUUAAAUCUUCAUAUGGAUCAUCUUAAUUUCUUUUAGGUAUUCUCAUAUGUCAUUCUUGUAUGGAGUUAGACGUAAAGAUUAUUUGGAUGAUUUAAUUGAAAUCACUGAAGUGUACCCAGCAACAAUUGCUAACGAAAGUUAACAAUCUUCUAAUUUAGCACACUUCUAAAUUU